UUUGAACAGAAAUAUAUACAUUAAAACCCGGAAGAGACGAAAAACAAUUCAUUCUCUCUGUCAGUAAGAAGGAGAGAGGAGCGUACAAUCGGCGCUCUCCCCGCGGUCCCACUCUUCGCAUUUUGACAGAACCCGAGGUGCAAUCACGUGACCCCGCGCUAACCAUUCACCGGUAGUGUUUUUACAGGGCUAGCAGAAAGACAACGACGUGGCUAGCGCGAAAAACAAUAGCACCUGCAACACAGCCACCAACUACGUAAUCUUCAACUCUCUCGCCUUCUACGCAGCUCGACUUUGACUGGAUAUGGCCGAUUUUGGCCAGAAUACAAGAUCAUUGUCACCCGUUGACUUCAAACACAAUUGUGACGCGCGCUCGAACUCGCUCUUCUUCCCGACUACGCUAAAAGACGAACAAAACGGGAAUAAGACUGACGGCACAAACGGAGUUUGCGAGGAUUGUAUAGAGGAUACGAAUAAGUCUAAGGUGAACACAACACAGGCGUCCGCGCACCCGAACGUCAUAGGACACAAGCGCAUCGGCUUUACAACCGAGAAUUCCAUGUUUCACGACUUUCCCACUUCGACCACCUUUUGGUCACCAGCGAAUAUCGACGAUGUUUUUGUUCAGCCAGGAGUUGCGCCAGUAAACGGAGUUCAUUUUUCGCCAAAUACACAAGUUCUUGGCCCAGGGAGACGGCCUGUUAACGCAUCGAGUAUUCCUACAUCAAUUGGACAUCAGCCGCGAAGAACAUUACCUAACUCUUCGCAGUACAUAGCGAACCCCAAACCAGUCCAAAACAUCAAUUCGCUAGCGUCAGGCUGGAACGCAAGCCCAAACCAUUCAAUGUCAGGCUGGCCGCAGCAACAACCUUCCUCGUCAUGGGGAAGAAAUUAUUCGACAACGAACAACGCAAUCAUAAACCACCGAAACGGUUCGCGUCCCUCAACCCUUACCUUCCCUCCUUCCUCUCGCCUCCGAAGUAAUGGGGGUACAAGAUCUGCCUACUCCGGGUCAAGGCAAGGUAUCACUGCGCAAAGCAUUACUCAAGGCUUACAGAGUUUAAAUUUAAGCGGGCAGCAACCGGUGGAUGGCACAGUUCUGGAUAAUAUCACAGGAUUGGGAAAUUCACACGGGACGAACAGUGAACUAUCGAAUUCGCUCUAUUCCUACCAGGAUUCUAUGAAAUUCCCGUCGUUGGAAACUCGACUACUCGACAUUAUUCGUUCGCCCUCUGAUCCACCUGAAAACCUGGCAGCGUUUCGGUAUCAACUACAGAAGAAAGGAUUGCACCACGGAGAUCAAAUCGUGCCAUCACUCGCUUCCUCUCUGAACUGCUCGCCGAACUCCGACUCAGAGCACAUCCCGCGCUUUUCAAGGAAAGUGUUUGUCGGUGGCCUUCCGCCUGACAUCGAUGAAGAUGAGAUCCAUGCCAGCUUCUGUCGCUUCGGGAGCCUGACCGUUGAUUGGCCACACAAGGCCGAAAGCAAGUCCUACUUCCCGCCAAAAGGAUACGCGUUCCUGCUGUAUCUCGAAGAGAUCUCGGUCCAGAAGUUGAUCAGCGCUUGCUUCCGGCAGGAUGACAAGCUCUACUUAUGCGUCUCCAGCCCAACCAUCAAGGACAAACCGGUCCAGAUCCGGCCGUGGAACCUGGCAGAUGCCGACUUUGUAAUGGACGGAUCCCAAGCACUUGACCCCAGGAAGACUAUCUUCGUGGGUGGCGUGCCACGCCCUUUGCGUGCCAUUGAGCUGGCCAUGAUUAUGGACCGGUUGUAUGGGGGUGUGUGCUAUGCUGGAAUCGAUGUUGACCCGGAGCUCAAGUACCCAAAAGGCGCAGGAAGAGUCGCCUUCUCAAACCAGCAAAGUUACAUCGCAGCGAUCAGCGCACGAUUCGUACAAUUGCAACACGGGGACAUCGACAAACGAGUGGAGGUGAAACCGUACGUUCUUGACGAUCAGUUGUGUGACGAGUGUCACGGCGCAAGGUGUGCUGGGAAAUUCGCGCCCUUUUUCUGCGCGAAUGUCACCUGCCUGCAGUACUACUGCGAGCAGUGCUGGGCAAUUAUCCACUCACGCGCAGGCAGGGAAUUCCACAAACCGCUGGUCAAAGAAGGGGCAGACAGACCACGUACGGUGCCCUUCAGGUGGUGAAAAGUUCAAAUCUUUGAGAAUUUUAUUAGAAAAUGUGUCCGUGCGAGUGUUCCUUUGAUAAGGUGUCGAUUUAUGAAUACGUGGAAUACGUUUGGAACCCUGAAUAAACUUUCAGAAUGAACUUCGUAUGAGAUAGUCGAUUAGCUAUGUAUUCCACGUAGGCAAAACCGGCGCAUAAGUGUAUUAGAUGAGCGCUCUCAUUUUAAAGCCCCAAUUUAGAGAUAAAUUAGAUUUAUGCGAGACUUGGUCUUAUAAGGUUUCAUAGAUAACUUUGUAGUAAGAAGUUUGUACAAAUGAAAGUAUAUGCUCGCUGCUUAGAAAAGCUUCACGAAAGAGCUCCUAGAUGGGCGCAAAUUUUAUGGUUGCACAUGAGAUUCGUGUGGAAAACUCUACAAUUACCACGGUCAACUUCACUCAGAUCUGCAAUUAUUUUUGUACUAGCACCACGACUGCACUAUAACCAGACAUAUUCCUAAUAACAUUCAGGGUAUUAUUUUCAGCUUGAGUAUUUUUACAAAUAACACUUUGCUAUUUUUUAUGAGUCACCAUGCAACGUGUUCAUGUCAUGGUAUGUACGGGUUUCGCGGAACUAUGGAAUUGGCAUCAUGUGCUGUCCCAAACACAGACCAUCUAGGAGCAAGCUGCAGCAGCUUCAUUAUCCAUUUACAAAGCCAUCAUUCUAUGGCGUAUUGGUGUAGUGUUCGUUAAUUAGAGGGGUACAGAGUAUGGCAUAUAGCUUAGCACAUAUAGAAUUAGAUUUGUAGGGUAGAAGGUAUUGUACUGCGUCGUACAAGUUAGCUUUGUACGUGAGAGUACAUGCACCAUAGAGUUUAAAUGGAGAACACUUUAAUGUAGAUACCAGAUUCUCUUGGAAAAUAUACAUUAUAGUUCAUGGCUACAGCACACAGCCACGCAAGAACAACCGGAAAAUAAUGUACAUCUUCCAAAUAAUUGGCGUACAAAACAGUCUUUACAAUUAGUAGCAUUUCUCCUUUGCUAUUGAGUGAAUUGAAAGUUUAGAGUUAACAUCGUGAGUUUAGCUACAAUACACAUGAUUUAGCUAAAAGUAAUGUCCAGGCUUUUUCUAGAAAAAGUAAAGUUUUAAAACAUCUCAGCUUCGAUAGGGAUCUUUUAACCUUUUAACAAGCUUACGGUGCUUCGUGGUUAGACAUUUUCCCAGAGUAGUUUCAACUUUCUAGUACAAAUGAGAAACGUGUAGCGGACAGUGCCUUCCCAAUCAUUCAAAUACUUAUUAUUUUUGUAGAGUAUUAAAUUCCUGUCACAUAUUAAUUUCUGGUUGAUAUUUUUGGAUAACAAUCAAGUGUGGCAAUUAAGGAGUGCAGAGAGUACAAGAUUAGCUAGGGAAGCAAUGAGGCAUUCUUGCUUUUAGCUUACUGGCUAGGGAAUACCAAAGAAUAUUACAUAUUCUUUCAUUGAAAAACCACCAAAAUGGUUUAAAUUAACAUUUCGCUCUUUGAGCGUACCAUUAUUAUUUUUAAAAAUGCCAGGCUUAUAGCUGAAUUGUGAUAUCAUUAUAAUUAUUAUUAUUAUUAUUAUUAUAUAUAGCAGGAUAACGCAUGGGGAGGAUUACUUCGUAUGGUCUUUUCUCUUUUGCUUAAAAGUCCCUGAACUUUUUAUAGAUUUUAUAUUUACUAAAAAUUCAAUCAAUAUAUUAUCUGAAUUUUAGUUUUUGAUGGUUUUAGUUCAUGUACCUAUAGUUUUACAAAAAAAAAAACAAUCCACUAGAUUUAAAAGUUAAUAACUCUUUCUCACAAAUACACCCCCGUUUUUUUCUUUAUGUUUCCUAAUACAUGGUUUGGCAUAAGGCAAUUUAACUAUUGCAGUGACAUACAACCAAAUUCUAUUUCUCAGGGUAGUGUUUGUGAUUUUUGAGUAGUUAAAUUUCCAAUCGAUGAAGGUGUUAUAACUUCAGAAUGACGAAGAAAUUGUACAUGAUCAUUUUAUUUUCCAUUUUUCAAGUUCAUUAUUUGUAAAGAAAAGCAUAUUUAUUUUCUUAGUCAGUGAAAUAAAACUAUCUUAUAUUUCAUAUAUUUUAUUCAAAUGAAAUUCUCUUCAGAAAAAAAAAUUAGUGAAAAAAAGAAAAAAAAUCCACAUGCCACAAAUUCAUUUACUGAAUUUCUGUCGCCUAUACAGGGGCUCAAUUUUAAAUUUAUAAUCAAGUCUUUGUCUGAAGCUAUAUCACCUUCUGCUCCAAAUAGAUUGUUCACUAUUUAGAUGCAUGCAGAAGACCCUGUAUUUUGUCAUAUUGCUACGACUUGUAAUUAUAAAUAAAUAUUUUUCUGUUACUUAAGCAUAAUGAAUAUACUGUUGUUUAGUAUGUAUGCCACAUUUUAUCCAAUUCCAUAGACAUUUUUUGAUAUUUGCCUUUGCAAAGUGAUUUUACCUUAGUUUUUUAAUAUUUUGACUUUGGGUAUUGCAUUGUUUAUAGCUUUCAGCUUUCAUAAUUUUAAGCCUGCCACAAUAAGUAUCAAUUUAUUCCCACAAUCUUUUAAUCCCUUAUUCCGGUUAUAGUGUUAUGACUGUGAAGCCACAAUGAGCUGUUGCUAUUCUCAAAAUUUACCAAAAACUAAACUUACAAAACCCCAAACCAAGCAAAUCUCAUUUCAAUUUAUAAUCAAUCGUUUUCUUGUUGCAUAUUAUUUGUAAAUCGGGUGUAUAUUAAGAAAAUGGGUACCAGAAAUAUAUAUCUUUUUAAUAAAACUCAUUUCAUAGAAGUUCUAGCAAGGUUGUGAAGGUUUAUUUUUGACAUCUGAAUAGCAUUAUUUUUUGCUUGUGUAACUCUCUUUAUACAGUCAAUUUGUUCAUAGUACUUGUGUGGUCUUAUAACACACAGACUUUUACUUACUUUUACUAUUCUAAUUUUACCAGGGUGAAAAUACCUAUUUCUAAAUUAUACAAACCAGUAGUUAAAACAAAACAAAAAAAAGAAAGUAGCUAAAAAGCAGUAUAAUUGUAUGUAAAUGACUAGCCUACUAAGUAGAUUCAAUCAACGUGUUAAAAAUAAAUAAAUAUGAACAUGCUGUAAAACAAUAGCAAAUGAAUCAUUUAGUCAUAAAAAAUUCUGAUUUUCAAAGGUUAACUAGAAGUAAUAUCAGCAUUUUAUUACAUAAGCAGUACUUAUUAGAAGAUACAGAGUGUGGUUUUUGUUUACAAAGCCAUGCUGUAUACCUGUUUCACUCUGCAGCUGGUGAAAUCCCAGCAAAUGACUAAUUGAUCAUGCUGUUGGCUAAGGGACCUCUGGAGGGGCUUAAUUCUUCUGCUAUUAUGGAAUGUACCCAUUACAAUAACUGAAUUUGUCAAAUGAGAUAUUGUCAAAAAACUAAAGGUUAUAUAUUAUGUAUGAUUUUUUACCAUAAUGAUCUAGAAUUUCGUAUAUGUUAUACUAUUAUUUAUCAAGGGAAAAGUUAUUUGUGAAUAUUACAUGUACACUGUACUACCACAAUAAUGGUAAUAAAAUGUAUUAUUUACAAUACUAAAA